AUGGUCCACACUUACGUGCGCCUCCCGUCUUUCACGGCCCCCCCCCCCCGAGCUGCCAACGGCAGUGGGCUGCCUCCGGCUGCCUCGAACGGCGCGGAUCGCUCCACCGCCGGCGGCACAGCCCCCGGCGACGCGCCGGACUCCGAUUCCGACUCCCCCCCGGCGCCCUCGCGGGCAGAUCCCGAGCCCGAGAGCGACGACGAUUUCAUCCCGAUCGGGGAUGGCGGAGGGCAGGGCGGGGCUGGCGGCGGGGAUGCGGGACAGGGCGGGGAGGUGGACGAAUCGGCGCUGCCGUGGUCGUCGGCGUCGAGGCACAUCAGGAGCCAGUGCCUGAGGCUGCACAACGAGAUCGUGGAGCUGUACCAGGUGCUGCAGCCGUCGGAGGCGGAGGCGGCGACGAGGGCCGGCGCCGUGGACCGGGUGACGCAGGUGGUGAAGUCACUGUGGCCUAACUCCAAGGCUGCUGUGUUCGGUUCCUAUGCCACACGUCUGUACCUGCCCACCAGUGACAUCGACAUGGUGGUGCUGGACGUAGGCACUACAGAAAUUGUUUCCUGUCUGAAGACGCUCGGUCGCAAGCUGGUGGAGGACAAAAUUGCUGAAGACUUGCAGGUAAUUGCAAAGGCCCGUGUCCCUAUUGUCAAGUUCAAAGAGAGGACAAGCGGGAUACCAUUUGACAUCAGCUUCGAAGCCCAGAGCGGGCCCGCAGCUGCUGCACAUGUGCAAGAGCGCCUGAACCAGUGGCCCCCGCUGCGUCCACUGAUCAUGGUCCUGAAGAUCUUCCUCAGGCAGCGCCACCUGCACGAGGUGUACCUGGGGGGGCUGGGGUCAUAUGGCCUUACGAUGUUGGUCACCACAUUUCUGCAGAUGCACCGGUCACGGUUUGUCGAUCGCCGCGGGGAGCUGGAACCCUGCCUUGGAACAUUGCUGAUCGACUUUUUUCGCCUGUAUGGCCGUUCCCUCAAUAGCCACGAGGUAGGCAUCUCAUCAGUGGAUGCGGGCUGCUUCUUCCCCAAACGAGCGAAGGGCUGGAUCAUGCAAAACAGGCCUCACCACCUGGCGAUCCAAGACCCACUGAAUUCUGAAAACGACGUUGGGAGGGGGUCGUUCAUGAGUGCCAAGCUGCGGCAUGCUUUUGACUACGCUUACCAAGGUCUGACGGCCCCGUGUGCCCCAGGCGAAAGGGUCCUUUCACGGGCGAUUCGGGCUGAAGCCUGGCUCAAUGAGAGGGCGGUGCCGCCCUGGCCAGUGCCUGUGGUAGAGGAUGGUGAUACGCAGGUGAGCUCGAAGGGGCAUGGCAAGCGACGCCGGGGCAGCAGCAAAAACCAGGACAGUGCAGAGGAGGGAGAGCUGACCCCAGAUGAGAGGGAUCGGACACGAAAGCGCCAUAGAUCUGAGAGGAGCAGCCGGCACAAGGUGUCAAGAAGUGGAAGGAGGUAA